AUGAAGCUGCUCGUCCUCGUAGCUCUGGCGGUCGCAGCUACCAUCGCGGCCCCCACAACUUACCAUGACGGAGCAGGCAUCACUUACCAAGGUUUCGCCCGCAACGGCGUUGAAGUGUUUCUCGGUAUUCCCUAUGCUCAAGAUACAGGUGGCAAGAACCGAUUCAAGCCACCGCAGCCGCUUCAAGCGACACCAGGCGCGGUCGUAGAUGCCACGAAGCCUGGCCAGGCCUGCCCUCAACAGCUAGGCCAGUGGUACGCGCCAUUGACACUGCUCAAUGUUACCAAGGAGAGCAUCUCUGAAAACUGUUUGAACCUGAAUAUUGUGCGCCCGGCGAACUCGAGUUACAAGACAUCGAGUUAUCCUGUAAUGGUAUGGAUCCAUGGAGGAAGUUUUUGGGUUGGUUCGAACAUGGAACCCACACACGAACCAGACGCUUUAGUCUUGAACUCAGUCGAUGAGGGCACCCCAAUCAUUCACGUUGCAAUCAAUUAUCGAUUGGGCUUCUUUGGAUUCGCCAAAUCAGGGGCGUUACGCCAGGAGCACAGCGAAAAUGCGGGUCUUCGCGAUCAGAGAGCUGCCAUCGAAUGGGUCCGUGACAACAUCAGGUAUUUCGGCGGCAAUGGAAACAAGAUUACCAUCCACGGUCAGUCGUCUGGUGGCCUUGCGGUCGGCAUGCAGUUGCUGGCCUAUGGCGGCGAGAAAGAGUUGCCAUACCAGCGAGGAAUAUGUCAAUCCCAGGCGUUGGAGCCUGGAAUCACCGGAAACUUCACUCGCGACGCUAUGGUUAAAGUCAUUGAAUACACAAAAUGCAACCCGGGUAAUUCUUCAACGGACUCACCUGAGGUCAUUGCUUGCCUACGAAGCAAAGAUACGCAGACCUUGUACGAUGCUUCUGCCGCCACGUACACAGGAGAUAUCGCACACAACAUUGGUGACAUCUGGUUACCAUCAGUGGAUGGCGAUUUCCUUCCGGACGCGCCUUCAAAACUUAUUGCUGAAGGUCGCUUCGGCAAUGCGUCCUACAUGUUCGGGUGGGCUCAAGACGAUGUCAAUUUUUUUACCGACACCGAUAUCCGUAACGAAAAUGAUACGCUGCAUUUCCUGGAGAGUUAUCUGCCGAACGUGGAUCCAUAUGCGCUUACAAUACCAGGUAAAGACCAGAAUGUAAGGGAAUAUUUGUCGCUUUAUCCGAUUGAGGAUUUCAUUCCACCAUCAGGUACGCCAAUACCGUUCCUUCGCACGAUUAUUGGGACAAGCCUGACGAGUGAGUUUUACCGCACAGCAAGGGUCUUCAGAGAUAUUCUGAUGGUAUGCGAGCCGAUCUUGCUCGCCAAAGCGAUAAACAAGAAAGGCAAACGCGUAUACAUGUACAGUUUCAAUCAGACACUGCUCGAUCCGAUCAUUGAAUCAUUGUAUGGUAUCAAGGGAAUGGGUGUUGUACAUACCUCAGAGUUUGCAUACAUUUAUGGGAAUCUCUCGCACUACAACGUCUCAGGUUAUCCAUUCAAUCCGACUAAAGCGGACUACGAUUUGGCACAGCGCGCAAGUCGUUCUUGGGCAAGCUUUGCGUUUUCGGGAGAUCCUUCUCACGGUGCACCCGCUUGGCACCCUUCGAAAACACUCCAAGAGUGGUUGCCAGCGUUUUGGAAAUUUGGAGAGCUCAACACGUACGACCAUGCACCGCGCAGGCCAGGUCACACAUAUGUGUAUAGCAUUGGCGGACCUUACGAAGGACUUUGGCCGCUCGACGGGCCGGAGAGUAUCGAACCGGUGAGUAGCCAGGCACUCGAGGAGAGGUGUGCGUUCUACAACGACCCAGAGUUCAUCAAGCGGGCUGGAUUUUAG